UACCGCCCUCGUACCACCAUCGCACAGCAAUCGCUCCGCCUCCGCUCUCUACUCGCACCGAUCAUGAACGUUACGCAAUGGUUCGAUAGAGGUUCGAAGGAUGAUCGCUCCGCUCUUUUCUCAUUGUUGAUUUCAAACCGACAGCAUUCCGUGGCUAACAAGAUGUCAACCGGUACGCAUCAAGACGAAAGAAACGCUUUAAUGGUGAUGAGUGGUGCGGCACUCUUGAUUGCAAGCCUAGCAAAACAGAAAAAACGUCGACGUUGGUGGCAGACAGAACUUUUCAAAAAAAGAUCUGAUCUCUUAAUGAUUUUAAAAUCGCAAGAGAUUAGCGGCCAAUACAAAAAUUUUUGUCGGCUGUCUUCUUCGGACUUUGAAAAUCUGCUGCAGAAAAUUGGACCAAUAAUUUCAAAACAGGAUACUUAUUUUCGCUCAUCGAUUUCUGCUCAAGACAGGUUGGCAGUGACACUUCGAUUCCUUGCCACAGGAGAUUCUUAUACUAGCCUCCAAUACACAUUCAGGAUUUCUAAGCAAUCUAUUGUAUAUAUAGUACCAGAAGUCUGCACAGCACUCAUCAAUGGAUUAAGAGGAUACAUUAAGCUGCCUAAAACACCUGAAGCGUGGAAAGAAGUAAGCAAGGUAUUCGAAACAAAAUGGAACCUGCCGCACUGUAUCGGGGCACUUGAUGGCAAACAUAUUAUAUUGCAAGCUCCCAUUAACUCUGGCACAGAGUAUUUCAAUUACAAAUCUAACUUCAGUAUUGUUCUUUUCGCAUUGGUAGAUGCAAAUGCGAAUUUCAUAUUUGCUGACGUCGGUUGCCAAGGGCGAAUUUCUGAUGGCGGUGUAUUCCGUGGGAGUACUUUGCAUAGAAUGAUCGACAAAAACCGAUUGGGGCUUCCAAUGGCUGAAAAACUGCCUGGAAGGUCUAUGUCAGAACCGGUACCAUACUUCUUUGCGGGAGAUAGUGCAUUCGCUCUAAGUGAUAAUCUAAUGAAGCCCUAUCAUGGAGACUAUCCAAAGGGGACUCCCCAAAGAAUAUUCAACUACAGAUUGAGUAGGGCACGCCAAGUGGUCGAAGAUGCGUUCGGAAUAUUAAGUGCUGAAUUUCGAGUUUUAAGGAAGCCAAUGAUACUGGCUCCUGAAAAAGUUGAGCUAGUUGUGAUGGCAGCAAUGUUGCUGCAUAAUUAUAGAAGAACCAAUUCUCCAAAUUUGAACACCUCUUCUCAAUAUGAAGAAAAUAUUGGUAGUACGUCUUUGCUACCAAUAAUGGCAGAUGUUUCACAAACAUCGAGAAACAAUGCACAAAAAAUUCGUGAUGAAAUAGCGGACUAUUGUCUAAAAGAGGGAUUCCUUGAAUGGCAAGAAAAUUACGCCUAGGUUAGUCAACAUGGUAUACUGGUGAUAUUUUUGGAAGUUUUUCGAUUUGUGUACUAUUAAGUUAUCAAAUAGAAUACAUGUAAUGGAUGAGGGAGAUAAAUUUACUAUGUGUUUAUUUAAAAAGUGUAGAAUUAGAACUCUGUCAAUGAAUUUCUACAAUGUUCAUGUAGUUAAUUUUUCAGUGUGAAUUUUGUCGUGAGAAAUUUAUUUUUCUGUUGAAAAAUAAUUUUAUCACAUUAAGAUUUCACCUGUGCUAGCCAAGUUGUUUGAGAGGAUUUUACUGAGUAGGCUUACACCAAUCAUUGAGAGACAGCAAAUAAUUCCAAAUCACCAAUUUGGCUUCAGAGUGAAACACUCAACGAUAGACCAGGUGCAUAGGAUUGUUAAUAUAAUAGAGAAGUGCCUAGAAGAGAGAAAAGUUUGUUCAGCAGCUUUCCUUGAUAUAGGGCAAGCUUUUGAUAAAGUGUGGCAUAAAGGUCUUCUUUUUAAACUGAGAAAAGUGCUACUAAAGCAAUUUACAGAUAUAUUACAAUCCUAUCUGACUGACAGAUUCUUUAGAGUCAGGCAUGAAAAUUCAUAUUCUGAUUUGAUGGAAAUAAAAGCAGGAGCUCCUCAAGGAAGUUUUCUAGGACCAUUUCUCUACCUACUCUAUACCAGCGAUAUUCCCAGUCUUGAUGAGAAUACCACAGCAACAUUUGCAGACGAUACAGCCAUAUUAUCAGUAGACAGUAAUAUUCAUAUUGCAACAGAAAAACUACAGAGAUCCAUCAACGAAAUUUAAGAUUGGACUAGAAAGUGGAAGAUUAAACUAAAUGAAGCAAAAUCGAUUAGCAUCAACUUCACCAAUAAGAAGGAUCUGCCCAUACCAAUAGCAAUCAACAACCAAGUUGUACCAUAUGCCAAUGAUGCCAAGUAUCUAGGUAUGACCUUGGACACAAAGCUUCGCUGGAAGGCCCAUGUCAAGAAGAAGUGAGAGGAGCUUGGAAUCGAAUAUAAGAAGCUGUAUUGGCUGAUCGGUAAAACCUCCUACCUAUCAAUCGAAAACAAAGUACUUCUGUACAAACAGAUAUUGAAGCCAGUAUGGACGUAUGGUAUACAACUUUGAGGGUGUACGAAAGACAGCAACAUCAAUGUCAUACAACGAUUCCAGAACAAGGUGCUAAGGAAUAUUGUUGAUGCUCCUUGGUAUGUCAGGAACAGCGAUCUUCAUAGAGACCUGCACGUCGACCUCGUGUCCACCGAGAUCCAGAGGCAUGCGGAGAGGCAUGAGGGGCGAUACAGCUGCUAGACAAUGGAGGGUUGGUGCGGAGGCUCAAAAGGAGGAAACCGUAUGAGCUAGUGUAGUGCUUGUUCAAUUAGUGUCCAGUGAAAGAGCAGAGCAGUGAUUGAGUGAAUCCAGCUUCUAUAGUACAGUCAACAAGUGUACAUAUUAAUUAAAUAAACUAUAUCAAUAAGAAUUUCUAAUGAGAUAUUCGUUGUUAAAAUUUUCAAGUAGUAUAUAAGGGUAGAAAAAAUUAGCUCAUCAGUCACCAGACUAGAUAGCUAUAGUAUUGACAAUAAAAAAACAUCAAGACUUUGCAAACUUGCGUCCGGGAAGACAGUCAGUUUUUUAUCUUUUGCAGGGUUGAAUAGUAUUCUCACGGAACUGUAUUGCUCCGUCUCCACGUGGACCGCCGUCUCGUUGGUGGAAGGGGUACAUAAUUUGCGUGGAAAAGAUCAGUUUCAAUCAAGCCACGACCGGAAUCACAUUAAAAACCCAGAGGUAGCCUCGGGCAUCGAGGGCUCAAAAUUAACGAGUUACAUGUGGUGAAAUAUAAGUGUAUAAAUUUUCAAAAUGUUUAAUUCGUCCGAUUUCGUGAAGUUAUUUAAACUAUUUUGAAUUGAGUAUGUUUUAAAUAGUUUAUUAUGAAUAACAGUGAAUUAAACAAAAUCAACGUAGUGUAGUGCAAAGUUUCAGUCGUGAUGAGAUUAAUAGUUUUAAUGAUAGUGAGUGCAAUUAUAUUUUCUAGCUCAUGCUAAAACCCCUUGAAUGACCGAGUCCCUAGAUUUAUACAUUAUUUGGAAUAGAAUAAAUGAGUAAAGCUCACGAUACCUUUGUUAACAGUUAGAAUCCCCGAUCAGUUAGCAAAAUCUAUAGGGCAGUUUUCUUGAGUUAUUGAAUGUACAAAGAAUUGUUACAGAUUAUUUAUUGUCAAAAUUUCUAGUAGUUAGUUCAGAUAAUAAAAUUUACAAUUUGAUUAUGCAAAAGUUUGUUAUAAAUGAAGUCGCAUGACUCGCCUUUAUUAUUUUAGAGAUUUCUCUACCCCCCAUUUGGGACGGUUAUAAAAAUUUAUCAAAAACAUUUUUUCUGAUUACCCUAUUAAUUUUUGAGAUGCAAGCGCUCAAAUUAUAAAUUUUUGGGACAGAAAAUUUUUUAUUCGGUAAGAGAUAAAUUUAUGACAUUUUUAGAAUGAUUUCUUCAUGGUAUUAUUGAUUGAAUUUUAAAAGAUGACUGAAAUAACUCAAUCUUGAGUUAUUUUUGGUAAUUUUCUGAAAACUGAAAUUAUCCUAAAUAUCCAUGAAAUUAUCUAUUACUAAUUAUCCAAGCAAAGAUUAAUUGAAUUUUAUUUGUUUUAUCAAUUUCUCUCCAAGAUUGAUCAUUCUAUCACUGUAUAACUAAUCUCGUGUGUCAAUCUAUACAAUCUGCAUGUCUCUAUUGGAUCUACAUUACUAUUUGUCUAUCAAAAAGCUUUAAAUAAUAUUAUAAUGUUAUCAAAUUUGAAAAAUAAAUUUAAAUUUUAUCCAAAUGAAGUAUUUCUUAUCAUGGUAUCAUUUGUUUUAGAUAAUCAUGAAUGCAUUUUUAUUAAUUAUAAUUUGUUUUACAGUAUUGAAUUAGAAUAGAGAGAAUUAUACAAUAUAAUUAAUCAUAAUAGAAAGUCCCACACAAAAGUAACUCACUACUUUCUUACCGUUGUAAGCCCCUUUCUUGGCUUAUAUUUAUUAUCCAGAAACUUGAAAGCGUCGUAAGCAAACCAACGGCUCACAUAAAUUUCAUCUCUUCCUGAAAAAAAGAAAUCUAGAAUGUAUGAAAAUAUGUAAAAUACCUACAAUUUAUGAGUGAUGGUACUGUAUACAUACAGUAAGUUGUAAAUACUUUCAAUAAUUUCACAAGUCCACAAAUUUAAAUUUACUAGAAAAACUAGAAUUACUUUGAGAACUUUAUCAUAGAAAAUUUCACAGUUCUGUCGAACCCAGACACAUUAUUUAUAUUCGGGGCUCUACCCUGAAUAACAAAAAUAAAACUAAUAAUAUAAUUUCUUAAAAAACCUUUUACUUUUUUCAAAU